AAAAAAUUAACGAUCAAAUCAAUGGAAAAUGAAAGUUACUUCAAGACUGUUACUUCUAUAUAAUCCAAUCGUUCAGAAUACUAAUUAAGCAAACCUAUUAAAUCUUAGGAUAGAUCCAUGAAGGAAUCUGAUCUUGCAUUGUACUAAGCUGCAAGAGAGAAAUGUGCUAAUAAAUAAACUGAAAAAUUAUCUACUCCUCUAUUUUAAGUCACUACAUUAAUUACUAAUGCUGCUCCUCUCCAUAAACCUACUGUAAGGACUACUCAAUAUAGCAAUUAACCAACUAGUGUUUUUGAUGUAUCUACAUUUAUAAUAUUUUAUAGUUUACUGAUAAUCGUAAAGAAUAAGCUUUUAAACCUCACUGUAUAAAAGUUACUGAACCAGGAAAUAACUCAGAUUUAGUUUAUAAGUAAUAAUUAAAAACUUCCAAUCUUCCAAAUAGAGAAAACUUAUAUCGUAAUCCAAUUACAAAUGGUGAUCCAAAAAGUGAAUAUAAUAGAAGUACCAAAACUCCAUUCCCAAAAAAUCAAAUUAAUUUUGUUGGAUGA